GUCCAGAGGUUCUUCCAUGGUGAGGGUGAUGAAGGUCCAAGGGUUCUUCUUCCAUGGUGAGGAUGAUGAAGGUCCAAGAGAUCUUCCAUGGUGAAGGUCCAUGGGUUCUUCUUCCAUGGUGAGGAUGAAGGUCCAAGAGCUCCUCCAUGAUGAGGAUGAUGAAGGUCCAAGAGCUCCUCCAUGAUGAAGGUCCAAGGGUUCUUCCAUGGUGAGGAUGAUGAAGGUCCAAAGGUUCUUCCAUGGUGAGGACGAUGAAGGUCCAAGAGCUCCUCCAUGAUGAGGAUGAUGAAGGUCAGCAACUCUCCCACAGCGAGACCGAAGGUCAGAACCUCUCGAAGCCUCCUCCACCAUGAGGAUGAUGAUGAUGAUGAUGAAGGUCACAGCCAACUGGAUGGACACCAAGGGCUGAGGAUGACAAAGAUCAGAGACCCCAAUGACUGCGACGAAGGCCAGGAGCUCCUGGAGGAGGAGGAGGAGGAGGAUGAGGAUGAAGGCCGGAAACCUUCAGAGGACAAUGAUGAACUCUGGGGACUCUCCGAGGAUGAUGAAGGUUGGAGACCCUUCAACGAUGACGAAGGCUGGGAGCUCUUCGAUGAUGAUGAAGGUUGGGAGACCCUUUCUGGUGAUGAUGAUGAAGAAGAUCAGGAACUCUUUGAGGAUAAUGAUGGUUGGAGACCCUUCAAUGAUGAAGAUUUGGAAUCCUUCAAUGACGAUGAAGAUCGGGACCUCUGAUGAUGAUGAAGAUCAGGAACCCUUUGAUGAUGAAGAUCAGGAACCCUUUGAUGAUGAAGAUCGAGACCUCUUUGACGAUGAUGAAGAUCAGGAGCUCUUUGAUGAUGAAGAUCGAGACCUCUUUGACGAUGAUGAAGAUCAGGAACUCUUUGAUGAUGAAGAUCGGGACCUCUUUGACGAUGAUGAAGAUCAGGAACCCUUUGAUGAUGAAGAUCAGGAGCUCUGAUGAUGAUGAAGAUCAGGAACUCUUUGAUGAUGAAGAUCAGGAGCUCUUUGAUGAUGAUGAUGAUCAGGAACCCUUUGAUGAUGAAGAUGACGACGUUGGCAGCUCUGACCAUGACCAAGACUGGAGACUCUUCAAGGACCACAAAGGCCACCCCACGAUGAUGAUGAUGAUGGUGACUCCUCAAGAACAACGAUGAAGGUUGGAAAUUCUUCAAAGACAAUCAAGGCUGAGGACCACGAGGACCACGCUGAAGAUCAGAGACUCUUCCAUGAUGACGAUGAUGAAGGUUGAAGACAAUGCUGAAGAUCAGGAACUCUGAGGUGGACAAUGAUGAAGGUUGUGGACCACAAGGACCACGCUGAAGAUCAGAAACUCUUCCAUGAUGACCAUGAUGAAGGCUGAGGACAACGCUGAAGAUCAAGGACUCUUCCAGGAUGAUGAAGAUGAAGGUUGAGGACCACAAGGACCACGCUGAAGAUCAGAAACUCUUCCAUGAUGACCAUGAUGAAGGUUGAGGACAACGCUGGAGAUCAGGGACUCUUUGAGGUGGACAAUGAUGAAGGUUGUGGACCACGAGGACCACGCUGAAGAUCGGAAACUCUUCCAUGAUGACCAUGAUGAAGGUUGAAGACAACGCUGAAGAUCAGGAACUCUGAGGUGGACGAUGAUGAAGGUUGUGGACCACAAGGACCACGCUGAAGAUCAGAAACUCUUCCAUGAUGACAACGAUGAAGGCUGAGGACAACGCUGAAGGUCGGGGACUUUUUGAGGAUGACGAUGAUGAAGGCUGAGGACAAUACUGAAGAUCGGGAACUCUUUGAAGACGACGAUGAUGAAGGUUGAAGACAACGCUGGAGAUCAAGGACUCUUCCAGGAUGAUGAAGGUUGAAGACCACAAGGACCACGCUGAAGGCCGGGGACUCUUUGAGGAUGACGAAGAAGGUUGAGGAACGUG